UUGUUAGUCCAAAGUUUGCUAAGGAAAUGGAGAAUAAAAAUGAUAGUGAAAAUUGUACAACAAAAUUAUUAAUGUCGCAACAACCAAAAAUAACAACAACUAAUACUAAUAAAGGACCAUUACUACAAGGUGGUUGUUUAUCUGCAGGUUUUUGGACUGGUGGCACAGCUGCAAGUUGGCGUAACUCUGCUGGAUCAAAUCCAGUCGUUUCUCCGGCCCGUCAAGUUGAGAAUUCCCCUUCACCGCAAUUGGCAUUACCGAGUGAAGAUUCAUCAAAUGCUUCGUCAACUUCAGCACAUUCUUCCCCUCUUGUAUCACCUCAUCCUAGCACUGAUCAAAGUCUUCAAACAACUUCUGAAUUUUCUGGCGAUCGUAGUGAAAGAGCUGGUGGCUCACUUCCGGUUGGACAAAUUACAAAUUUUUCUUAUCCUUCUCCAAUCUCUUCUAAAUCAGUGAAAAGUAACGGCCUGCCAUCAACAACAUCAGAAACAGCAAUACUUAAUGAAGGAGACAAGAACCUCCAGGCGUUUUUAAAGGCAUUUUAUUAUUUCCGCAUUUAUUCUUAA